UCUCUCUCUCUCUCUCUACAAACUUUUUCUUCCAUUUUCUCUACAAAUUUUCUUUCGUAUUCUCGCUGUUUCCAGAGGCUUCCAAUCUGAAAAUAUUUUUUAGAAUAUGUUCUUCCCUGAUUUUCUUGAACUCAAAUUUUGUUUCGUUUGUUGGAAGCAAAAGCAAUUUUCUUUUUCUCGUUGAGCUCGGAAAUUCUCCCAUUUUUAGUCAGCAAUACGGAGCGUUUUCAUUUCCAGAGAAUUUGAAGCAGAAAUUGAGUUCCACCUUCCUCUGUUGGAACUCUCUCUGUGUGAAUUUGACAUUCGAUCCAAAUCACAAGGUUGAAUUUGGCAUUUUAUCCAAAGCUCGAGGCUCAAUUUGAUAUUCAGCUCGGUCGUUUUUGAAGUAACAAGGAUUACAAGCUUCGUGAGUGCUUCAUUUUGUGCUGCUAUGCAUGUUCUUCGAACCUUCUUGAGUUCAUAAGGUUCAUGAUAAUCAAAGAUUGUUGAGAUGGACAGUUCGGAGACAUAGAUUCCGCCAAUACGAAGUUUGAAAAAGAAUCUCAAUCUGUUUUCUGUGGAAAGAUAAUCAAAUUAGCUUAUUGCAUAUUGGUUGGUCGUUUAAUCUCUUAACAGAGGCGGAUACAAUGGCUGCUCAUUUGAGCUAUUUGAUGUCAAAGUUACAAACUCUAUCCACUUCAGAUCACUCCUCUGUGGUUUCCAUGAACCUAUUUGUGGCGCUCCUUUUAGCUUGUAUUGUGAUCGGACAUCUUCUCGAGGAGAAUCGAUGGGUGAAUGAGUCAAUCACUGCCCUUUUGAUUGGAGUUUGUACUGGGAUUGUUAUUCUUCUGAUCAGUAGAGGAAAAAGCUCGCAUCUUUUGGUUUUCAGUGAAGAUCUUUUCUUUAUAUAUCUUCUGCCACCAAUUAUUUUUAAUGCUGGGUUUCAGGUGAAAAAGAAGCAGUUCUUUGUAAACUUCAUCACUAUUGUAAUGUUUGGUGCUAUUGGAACAUUAAUAUCCUUCUGCAUCAUAUCAUUAGGUGCUACACAAAUAUUUAAGAAACUGGACAUUGGUUCGCUGGAUAUAGGGGAUUAUCUUGCAAUUGGUGCAAUAUUUGCUGCAACGGAUUCUGUAUGCACGUUGCAGGUGCUCAAUCAGGAUGAGACACCUUUACUCUACAGUCUUGUAUUUGGGGAGGGUGUUGUUAACGAUGCUACAUCUGUGGUGCUUUUCAAUGCUAUCCAGAGCUUUGAUCUCACUCACAUUGAUUCCAGAAUUGCUUUGCAUUUUAUGGGCAACUUCUUAUAUUUGUUUUUCACAAGCACCAUGCUAGGAGUGUUUGCAGGGCUGCUCAGUGCUUACAUUAUCAAAAAGCUUUAUUUUGGCAGGCACUCUACAGAUCGUGAAGUUGCUCUUAUGAUGCUCAUGGCAUACCUGUCAUAUAUACUGGCUGAAUUAUUCUAUUUGAGUGGCAUUCUCACUGUAUUCUUUUGUGGGAUUGUGAUGUCCCAUUACACUUGGCAUAACGUGACUGAGAGUUCAAGAGUCACAACCAAGCAUGCGUUUGCAACCUUGUCAUUUGUUGCUGAGAUUUUUAUCUUCCUUUAUGUUGGUAUGGAUGCCUUGGACAUUGAAAAGUGGAGAUUUGUAAGUGACAGUCCUGGAACAUCAGUGGCAGUGAGUUCAAUACUGCUAGGUCUUCUUAUGCUCGGAAGAGCAGCUUUUGUUUUCCCCCUAUCAUUUUUGUCGAACUUAGCUAAGAAAAAUCCAAAUGAGAAAAUUAGCCUCCGGCAGCAAGUGAUAAUAUGGUGGGCUGGUCUCAUGAGAGGUGCUGUGUCUAUAGCACUUGCUUAUAAUCAGUUUACAAGGUCAGGCCACACACAAUUGCGACCGAAUGCAAUCUUGAUCACUAGCACGAUAACUGUUGUUCUCGUCAGCACAGUGGUGUUUGGUUUGAUGACAAAGCCUCUUAUACGGUUCUUGGUGCCUCAUUCAAAACAAACAACCAGCAUGGUGUUGUCAGAACCAACCACUCCAAAAUCAAUCAUUGUUCCACUUCUUGGGCAGGAUUCUGAAGGUGAUCUGGGUAGCCAAGAGGUUCGGCGGCCGGCCAGCAUACGUGAUCUUCUGACAACUCCAACACACACUGUCCAUCGCUAUUGGCGUAAGUUUGAUAACGCCUUCAUGCGUCCAGUGUUUGGCGGCCGGGGUUUUGUUCCCUUUGUCCCCGGCUCGCCAACUGAACGGAACAACACUCAGUGGCAAUGAGAAGAUGUAUAGUGGAGCAAUAAGUGAAAUAAAUUGUAAGUUGUGUAUAUCCUGAUAAAGGCCAACUGAUGCAUGACUUCAAAUCAGCAUGUGAUUAUUUAUUUAUUUAUUUUUGAGGUUUUAGCUUAUGAAAGGUAGUGUACCGUAUGUUGUGACGAUCUCGUUCUAUAAUGUAAGUUUUGUAUAGAUUCUUUUAUUUGCUUCAAUCAUCAGAUCGGAUGGGGGUUGGUUGCCUCUUGUGUUGAAUCUGAUAGAUCAAUGCAAUGUUAAUGUAAUAUAAUGUUGACAUUAAUAAAACCCCGCACACACA